AAAAAAAAAAAGAAAAAAGAAAAGAAAACAAGAAGACGUGCGAACCGAAGUCCCCCCUCUCUUUUAUUGAUACGUACAUAAAUAUAUAUUAUACUAAAAUACAUAAUAUAUAUAUGUGCGUGUAUAUACAUUUAUAUUCAUCUCUUAACGAAAAUAUCUCGCUAAACUACUAACUAGUUUUCUGUAGCGAGCUCCUGUUUCAUACUAAAAAGCCAAGGAGAGAAGCUAACAUCCAAACCCUCUGCACACCAAUCAUUGCAUAAAAUCAAGCUGAAUGUUCGAGUAUGUUCGCAUGAAAGACGUUGUCAAUCCUCUAAUUUGAUGAACACAGUCGACGUCUAAGUUUACAGCAUCUAUCUGACCCAGCACUACUGCAGGGUUAGCUGCUGUCCAGCCAUUUUGUGACAUAUUGACACCUGAAUGUGGAGACUUCAGUUGCUUGCUUGCAGAAAUUUGAAGCAACCGUGACAAGGGUUUCCUGUAUAUUGUUGACAAUGCUUAAACUCAUUUGGCCAGUGGGUUACUAUAUACACAUACCAGGGCAGAACCUGUGAUGUUCAUAACUCCUUUGUACCUGGUAGAACUACCACACAUUGAUGGAGAAUUCUGAUUACAAAUAAAAAGAAAAAAAAAAUGGGGAAAUGCUUUGCAAGGAUUCCUUGUGUAUUACAUAACUGCCGUAUAAGACCGAGGAGGAGGGUGUUAAUGCCUGUAUGGAUAGGGUGCGGAAGCUGUUAAGCCCUGGAACCAAGAAGAAAACUGUUCCUCAAAACAGCAACAAGACCUUCGGAGUUCCUCUUGAAGAACUUGUUCGCCAGGCACCUGAUGGGCUUAAAAUUCCCCUCAUUGUAAAGAAGAUAUGUGAACAUAUUGAAAACCAUGGUUAUGAUCAAGAGGGCAUAUUCCGAGUUAAUGGGAGUACUCGUAUCAUUGACAAACUCCGAGCAUCCUUUGAUCAGACGGGAGAUGCUGAUUUUACUGAAGAUGGGGAUGUAAUGGCUGUUGCUGGUCUUCUCAAGCUGUUCCUUCGGGAGUUGCCUGAUUCUGUGAUUCCAGAACACAUGACAAAGCAAUUUGUAAACAUACAUGAAAGUCUAAACUCCAAUCCAGAAGACUAUGUUGCUAAAGUCCGGGAGGAAUUCAAUGAGUUACCUGAGGAACAUUAUGAUCUGCUGAAAUAUCUGUUGAACUUCUUAGUAGAUGUAGCACAGCAUGAAGAAGAAAAUAAAAUGGGGCCUAUGGUCCUUGCCAUUGUUUUUGGCCCAAAUGUCUUUAGGUGUGGUUCAGACUUCUCUGGUCUCAAAGAUCAAUCAACAACUAACAACAUUGUCUAUAAAUUCAUUAUACAUUAUCAUGAUCUCUUCGCUGAUGAAAACCAUGCAUCAUCAAAAUGCUCUGAGUGCAACAACAGAACCAAAAAUACCGGCUCCACCGCUCGCCCAAUGUCUCAAAAAGAAGAUCGAAAGUCUGUCACCUUGCCAAGAAAGAACAAGCAGCAAUGUGACUGUGAGAAUACAUUACACGCUGAUCAGAGUAACAUAAAAGAUUCACCCCAACCGAGUUGCAGUAAUAUCAGUAACAAUGCUACUUCUCAGCUGACCACGUCAAUGACUCAGACAUCUUCAGUUCUUUUACCUGGACCCACUUCCCACCACCAAUCAUGUCACAGUCAAAAUUUGGCCUUGUCAUUCUACAAUCCUCGUCUUAGUGAUGAAGACCUUUCUGGACGGAUGUCUCCAUUUACUGUUGAGAGUGAUAGUGGUCACAGCAUGAUUGAGUCACCUGUGGUAUCAGUGGUUGCAUCUAGCAUUGUGGAGAAAACUAUCAGAGAAGCUAUUGUAGAACAUGUUUUUGGAGGUUAUCAGACUGGAGAUAUGAAGCAAGAGAGAAAUUCAAACUCAAGCAGCAGUGGAAGAGUUCUUGAUGUGAAGAAAACUGAGAGAAAGAGUCCUGACCAUGCUUUCGAUUUAAACAAGUCAUCAGUUAUUGAUCCAAAGCGCCAGAAAACCAAAUGCACCAGAACAGCAAAUGAAAUCAGUGGUUCCAGUAUUGGAAUACAGGGAGAAGAUAUUGUGAGCCCUAAAAGUAGACGACCUCUACAGCAUUCAACUGUGGCUAACCAAAUGAAAAACAUAAAUGAAACUCAACAACCACAUUACAGUCCUCGGCAUGGAACUAUUGAAUGUUGGGCUGAUCCUGACUCUGAUGCAAUUUGUCACAAGUUUGAGUCCUCAACCAUGGAUAAUAUCUUGCUGCCUCAGUCUGGUUUACUCAAACAUCCAUUGUCUGUUGACCAUCAUACUCAUAAGUCAUCAACUUCUAGUCCUUCAAGUAGCACACGGUGUCAGAAUCAGAACAAACCCUAUUUUAAGCUGGACUGUAGCAAAUCUUCUUCUACAAUGCCUGAGCACACAUCCUACAUACGGGGAUCUGUCCGUACACACAUGGGCACCUCGACGGCAGAUAACAAUUGCAAUGCUGUACAAUAUAACCCAAAGCACCCUCAUCUUGUGGAAAUGGUAUCAGCGAACACUGCAGAUAUUUCCAGUACUUCCUCAUCAUCUUGUGAAGAGGAUGAGAACACAGACAGUGCUGCUAAACACCCUAAAUCGCGUAUCGGUUUCUUAGAUAUGCAUCUUAGCAGUCAGAACCGGGAUGAAGAAAAUGAUGACAUGUGCGAGCGUGAUGAGAAACAUUCUCCUUGUUAUUCUCCUAACAACAAUCGUAAAACAAUGGUUCCACCACUGGAUUUGUCCAUUUUACACGAGCAUAUGGACAGCACUGAUCCGAUUCCUUCGAAGAAAGUGCAAACUGUAUCUUAUCAACGUGUGAAGAAACAUCUAAGCAGUGACGAAGAUGAUGAUGAUGAUGACGAUGAUCCUGUUGUUGUCUUGUCUCCAAGAGCCAACAAAUUCAAGAAAAAACCAAUCUGGACUACUGGUAAUGAUGAGGCUCCCCUAUCACCAAGUACUCAACGUCCAGGGUUCUGGCACAGCGUCUCCUCAAACACAGACAUUCCACCUUCACCUCCUGUGGAGCAAGAGCAGUACCGAAAUGUGGCAGUUGAAGAUGAAUACACUACAAGAUUAAAGCAACUGACUAAGAAGAUUCAGUCUCUGAGGAAAAAGAUAAAGUUAUUUGAAGAAAACUUUGAGCGAGAACAUGGAUACCGACCAUCACAGAGUGAUAAAACUGCUAAAGCUGAAAUCAAGAAAUACAUGGCAGAUUUGGCUAAAGCAAGAAAGGAAAUCAAAAAACUGAAAGAAGAAGCUGAAAUGAGUAGUCGCAGUCGGCAUGGAAGUGGAGCAUCAUCUGGCGGUUCUGAAUCUCCAACUACUGUUCCAACAAUGGAACAAACUCUUGAGUCUAUUAUCAAGAAACUAAAAGAAAAACGUAGAGAUGCCAGACGCCCUGAAGAACUGGAGUUGAUGAGUAGAGAUGAAAUCCAAGAAGAAAAGCUAGCUAUUCAGAAAUCCCUCCUUCACUUUGAGGGCAUCCAUGGCCGACCAUCAUCCAAAAUAUCAAAAGAUUUGAUGCGACCACUGUACAAUCAUUACCGUUUGGUUAAACGAAUGCUUGCAAAACCUGCUUCGCCAAGAGAUACAACUGAACUUCAAACAGUCCCAGAAGAUCAACCAUUUGAACUCACUGCUGGAGUUUCAACAUCAGCUCGACCACUUUGGAAGAAAACAGUUCAUGUGCCUACAGCUGAAAUGGAAGAUGAUGAAAAUUUUGAUACAGUUGCAGAUUUUUCUGUAACCAGAGAUCUAGUUUUAACAAGAGAUACAAUAAAGGUUUCAUCAGCAGCGACCUCUGCCGGAAGUGGAUCUCCCAAAUCUCGCCUAAUGAGCACCGGAGAAAGCUCAAUUAACCAAGAAGCAACACUUCAUGAAAUGACUAUUCCUCAACUACAAGAAGAACUGACAAAGACUCGAGUUGAGAAGAGGAAGCUGAGAAAGAUUCUUCGAGAUUUUGAAAAUGAAUUCCUUAGUCAAAAUGGACGAAAAGUGCAGAAAGAAGAUAAAAUUCCUUUACAAGAAGAUUACCAAGAAUACAAACAAGUAAAAGCUAGGUUACGUCUACUUGAGGCACUGCUCUCCAAAUACCAGCAACAGAAACUGUAAGCAUGUGGUUGUUAUUUCUGUUGUUGUUAUUGUUAUUGCCAUCACUGUCAACUUGACUCUGAGCUGUAUCGGUGUUUUACUAACAAUUCACGUUGAACCAGUUCCAACAGAAGGAAGGCUCUUCUGCACAGUUCCAUAUGAUUUACAACUUAAAGAACUUUGUCUGAAAUAACCUUCAUCCCAUCUGUAUAUUAUUGCUGCCUGCGCAGAUAAUCUGAAGUUCCAUCUUGUUUUAUUGAACUGUCUGCAAACUGAAAACUAUUGCUCAUUGAUAUUCCUGCUGUAGCACUUCUACCAAUAUCGCUUUCCCCCCCAUCUGAUGAGAUUUUAUACCAAAUCAGAGAAGAGAGAAAUGCUGCAAGACAACCAAACUGUUCGUGCCGAUGACACACAAAAUCAAAGUCUAAUUGCUGUCAUUAAAACAUCUAUUGUAACUGUUUCAUUACCAAAGACAUUUCUUAUCAUUAAAGACCAACUGUUUAUGCAAACUACUCAAAACAAUCUGCUUAAGAAUUUUGUUCUGUUUCUGCCUUGUGCCUCACUGUUUCAGCUUGAGAACCAAUCCUUCCCUCAUGUUGUUGUUGUCAUUUUGUUUUUAUUUAUACUCCCUCUUCCUUUCCCCCCACCUUUCAUAGUGCUGUCACUGUACAAGAUAGUUGCUACUGUUUCUGUUGUUAGUAGCUGACUAUGUAUAAUAGUAAUAAUAAUAAUAGUAGUCAGAGCCUUGUGAAACAAUCAUUUGCAGUUUAGAAUCUUGAUGAUGAUGAUAAAUAUGCACACACACACUCACACGUACAUACAUAUAUGUAUGUACACACACACAUGUACAUACAUAUAUGUAUGUACACACACACACACACACCUGAGCUAUCUUGUUCUUCUUUUGACUUCAAUAUUCCAUGGUAAAACUAGGUCUACUGCCAUGGUGGACUGUAGCAGUUACAUAUUCUACCAUUUUUGAAAUGGAACUCUCCACAUCACACAGAAUACCUGAUUUUCUCUGUUUUUCUUUUUUUUUUUUAAAGUUCCUCCAAAGAAAAUGCUUCUGUUAAAGUAAAAAAUAAACUCUGAUUAUUUUGGAAAAUUAAAACAUGUUAUUGUAGCUUGAAGCAUAAAUAGUGGUUAUAUAUAUAUAUCUGGACAGACAUCUCUCAGUUAAACUGGAAUCAGACAAAGCUGAAGUCUAUUUCUAUGUUUUUUGGAAAACAUAACCAACAGCUUAAGCUUACAUUACACACCAGUGCCAUUUCUUUGAUGGUGAUUAUUCAGACUUUGGGAAAAACUAAACCUUAAAGAAAUUUAAAGAUCUUUUGUUACUGAGUCCAAAUUAUUACUCUGACUUGAUUAGCUCCCUUGUUUUGGAGAUCAUGCAUUACAAAACAAAAACAAAAUCAUCUGAUCUGCAUUCAAGACAUUAUUUAUUUUAUUUAUUUACCUUUAUUAAAAAGAAAACAUUUAUUACCAACGAAGUUCUUCUAACUUAGCUUUCUGCUAAUAUGAAAAAAAACAGAAAAUUGCUACCUGUUGCUGGGAGUAAUUCCAAGGAAAUAAAUGUAAACUGCGUCACACAAUCUAAAGCCAUCAUCUUCAUAUUGUUUUGGCUGUCAUUAUCGCAGGAUAUCUUGUCUGUUGGACUUAAUUAGUUCUGUAUACACUCUUCUCUUAAUUAUGAAAGGAUAAAACAUUUUCCUUGGUUUCGAAUGGUUAAGUGUGAGCAGGUAAAAAAAAAAAAAAAUUAUUAAAAUUCAAAAUAAAAAGAUGGGAAAGGAAAGAAGGAAAAGGAAGUAGAAAUAUGUUGUUUUAGUGAAAUGUUACGAAAAAAAAACGCCUGAAAGAAAAUACAAAAAUCAAUAAAUAAUAGAGAAUUUUCUGAAACCUCUAACUGGACUUAACAUUCAAUACUGUUGUGAUCAGUUUUGUUUUAGAUAUUUGGUAGAGUUUUGCAGUAAAGUCUGUCCAAAACUGUAAUAACUUUUUCAUUGAAAGCUCUUGCAAUGGAUGUGUUAAUGUUCAGCAGACAUCUGUCUGUUUGCUGUUUUGUAAUCUGCUUUGUGAAUUGCUCCACUUGACAGCAGUAUAACAGAGAAAGAACGAAUACCAAAGAGGCUGGGAUAAACAUUCCUGUUGGUUUCUAAAGUGAUUUCUUCUGUUUGUUUUAUAUAUAUUUUUUAAUCUUUGUAGAAAAAAUGUUUUGGAUUAGUAGACAUAAAUUUUUGCUAAUUUCCAAAGUUGGAUGUCUUAAUAUCUUCCUGUGGGUUGUCAAGUAUUUUAACCUGCUAGAAAUAGUUUUAUGAAGGUGUGGUAUUGGUUUAUACAUGUUGCAUUGUCAGCAUGUGGGAAUAUAUGUUUGGUGGAUCACAAGCUCGUAUGUAGCUCUUGACUUAUUGCUAUAAAACUGGAUUAAGAAUUAAAAACAAAGCAGGAAAGUUUAACCAUCUUUUUUUUAAAGACUCUAUUGAAUUAUAAAUAGUUAAAAAGUGAUACAAAAUGUAAAAAUAGAAAAUGCAUAUCUUCUGUUUUCUGCUGUUUUAAUGAUAUUGUUGGAUGUUGUUCCUACAUAAACUUUGAAUUUAGUUCCUAGUUUUUAACUUAAUCAUUUUUGUAGUAAUUUUAACUGCUGGAAUAGAACUGAAAUAUCUAACAUCAUAAUAUAUAUAUAUAUAUAUAUAUAUAUAUAUAUAUAUAUAAUGAAUAUGUUAUUAUUUCUAGUAUUGAUUUAAAAAAAAAAAUUAUUUCCAUCUUCGCAUAUUUUAGCUUUUAAUUCUGAGAAAAAUGUUCUUCUAAUGUCUUAAGAGUUGAGGCCAAAUAUUUUACACACAUACACACACAAAAGCACAAACGUGUGCACACACACACAUACACCCACUCUCUCUCUCUCUCUCUCUCUCAGAUCUUGUUGAAAGAAUAUUAUUCUUUCUCUAAUAGUUUCUGAUCAGCAAGUUAUGGUUGCUAUAACAAGGGUAAGGAUUAGCAUGGCACAUAUUCAUUUUUGGUACCUAUUGUCAGCAAAACUUAUAAUAGUAAAUUGGGAUUUGUUAUGCGAGUGGGUCAGAGAUAAAGUUAAAUUCUUUGAUCAGUAAUGACAGAUAUAUAUAUAAAUAUAUCUAUGUGUGUGUGUGUGUGAUUACAUAUUAAACGUGUUAAGAAUUUAGUAUCUGUGUAUUGUGGUCUGCACUUCCUUUAUUCAUAACCAUUUCAAUUUUAAACUAUUUUACCUUUUAUUUUCAUUCAAGUGUAUAUGAAUAAGCACUUGAAUAAUAUGUUAUUUAAUAAGCAGAUAAAUUAGUUUUUCUUUACAAGGCAUGGUGUGUGAAGAUGGAAUAAUUAAAUAUGUACAUGUCUUUAUAUAACACAAGUCACACAUGAAAGUUCUCCAUCUUACCAUGUUUAUAACCUAGAAUCUUCCAUCAUCAUCAUAUCUAAGAACCUUUUGUUGAAGUUAAAUUCCAAACACUAAACUUAUUCUUUUCAAAAUAACUUAUUUCUUAAGGAGUUAUUUCAAAAGAAAAUGAAUUAUAAAAUAUCUUGGUGAUAUUGGUCAUUAGCUUUCUUGAAUUACUGAAUUACUUGGAAGUCUUUGUAUCACCAUUUGGGUCUGUAGUUUGGGAAAUUCUCCCUUUCCAACUUUUAGAUGUUUAGCAAUUCUUUUAUUAAUUUCAGUGUUUAGGCUGUGACCAUGUUGGAGUACUGCCCUAAGGGAUUUUAGAUGAUUUUUUUUUUAUUGAUUUCUAUUUAUCAAUUUGCUAUGUCCAAAUUGGUCUAAAGGGCCAUAACUGAAUACCUAAAUGCCACAUGUUCUGCAACAAUUCUCUCUCUCUCUCUCUCUCUCUCCAGUUAUCACCAGUCAAAUUUCACUCUAUUAGUUAAUCUGAGACUAUGACAGUAGACACUCGCUCAGAGGUGUUCCACAGUGGGAUCAAACCUAAAACCAAAUGAUUGCAAAGCAGACUGCUUAACUGCAGCCUUGCUUGCAUACAGUAUUCUUUAAAAUUAGGUCUUAAGUUUGUUACAAACCCUACAGGCUCAUUAGGCUAGAGUUUAUCUCAGUUUACAUAGCAUCUAAGGGACUGAGAGUAUGAUACUGCCACUGAACGGGAUGCCAGCCUGCUGCAGGAUUAACUCCUCUAUCCAGCUGCUGCUGAGAUUCAUUUUCAGCUGAGUGAACUGGAGCAACAUGAAAUGAAGUAUUUUUCUCAAGAAUACAAUGCACCACCCAGUCUGGAGAAACGAAACCACAAUGUUACUAUCACGAACCCAACACCCCAACUAAGCACUAAGGCACACCUUCACAUUCUUUAACCCAUUAACAUUUAUACUAGCUAUAUCUGACCAAAAUAUUCUACCUCUUUUAUGCUCAAAACCUUUCACACCAACUUUACAAUGUCAUUCUAAAAAUAAACAAUCAUAUCAUCAAAACCUCAAAGCUACAAGAUAAUGCAUGAUUAUCAAAACAAUGUGAAUUACAUUUGACAGAGCAAUCUGAAUGCUAAAGGGUUAAAAUAAUUUUUGUAAAAGAAAUUACCUUGUUCUUAAUAACAAUGAUUCUGUUUAAUUCCAGUGUAACAGACAGUUAAUUCUUUAUGAUAACUGUUAUAGUAACAUUCAUCAGUUGAGAUCUUGUGUGUGUGUGUGAUCAAUGGCAUUUCACUGGAAGUUUUAGGAGUCACAGCUUUGAACUAUGUGGGUUGAUGGAUUCAUUUGAUAUUUUCUUUGGAUGGAUCACUGGUUGUUUGUUCUUCUUUUUGAUCGGCAAGGCCAAUUACUGAAAGUUAAUUGGCUAUGAAAUCUUACCCACCCUCUAUCUUCCCUAUCUUUAAUCUCUAUAACAUUAGUACAUACAGCUCUAAUGAAAUACCUCUAAAAACUGUUCUGAAGUAAUAAAUUCACUGUCUGUUAUAUUGUGUGGAAGUUAUUUGUGUAUAUAUAUAUAUAUAUAUAUAUAUAUGAAAACACAUGCAUAAACACACACACAAAAAUCAAUUGAUGAUACCCAUUCUCUGCAGUACUACUUGAGUCAAUGAAGCAGCUUUUCUUUAGUUGCUUGAUCUGUUAGAAACAGUAGCCAAAUCCCCCCUCAAACUCCACUGUACUAUCAUAAAUAAAAGAAGUACACAUUAGAUAAUGUACUUUUGGAUAUGUUGUCUGAAAAUAAGGUGAGGUAGUCAUGGCUAGAAUACAUUGAUCAUAGGUGACCUGAGCACUGUUGUAGUAAAUAACAUACAUUAUUACUCUAAAUAAGUGUUUGUUAAACGGUUAUAUAUUUUCUAAUAAGUUGAUUUAUUGAGAAAAUUUUAUUUCCUGGAAUCUGUUAUUUGGUCCAUUUAAUUACUCAUUUUUGUUUUAACCCUGUUGUUUUAGUUUUGACAGACUGAAGUUACACAACAAAACAAAAAACAUGACAUCUUUGGCUUCUUUUGAAUACUAGCAAAUAUAUAUACUUAGGUCUAUAAUGAACCCUAGGACUUUUAAGGUCAAGCUUAAUCCAGUUUCCAUGGUUUAUAAGUGACUGAAAUGAUAACGCUCCACCCCACCCCCCUGAAUGGGGUGCCAGUCCAUCACAAGGUUAGCUUCCCAGCUAUUCGUUGAACUCAUUUACAGCUGAGUGAACUGGAGCAGUGUGAAAUAAAAUGGUUUGCUCAAGAACACAAUACAUUGCCUGGUUCAGGAAUCAAAACCACAAUUUCAUAAUCUUGAGUGUAGCACCCUAACAACUAAGUCUUGGGCCUUUUUGCAAUCAUACAUACUGCUGUUGAUAAACUUUCACUCUUUUGAUACCAACCUGUCUGAGACCACUCCAGGUUCUAUGACAUAAUGUUUUAAAGUGGCCUAAAUUUUUUAUCUUCCAUCAAAAUUUUGUGCUAAUUUGUUCCAGACCCCUGCUUAAUAAUGAGAAAAUUAUUUUGUUAAAUACUUCAUUAUUUUAGAAAUGGAUUGAUACAAAGGCAGUGUAUGUUGACCAAAAUAUGGUAAUGCAAGGAUUAAAUGUUCUUGGGUGGGUGGGAUAUCUGAAAGUCUGAGAAUUUUAUGGAAUAUAAAUUCUGCUACAAAAGCAAGAAGAGUGUUUAAAACUAACAAAAGUAUUGGCAAUCUUUUAUUAUAAAGUCACCAUUGUUUCAUUCCAUUCAAGUUCGACAGUUUGCUGGGUUCUGUUUUUUUAUCCUAGAGAGCUGCAGUUAGCUUAAUGUGGUGUUGUCCAAAAGAAUCAUUAUCAUCAUCAUCAACUCCUGGGCAUCACUGUUUCAAGUCCUCAAACUCAUAGGGCUGGUUACCUGGUUUUCAUGGUGUAAAAGUAACCAAGAUCACAAUAUUUUCCCUUCAACAGGAUGCCAGUCCAUUGCAGGGUUACUCAAUCACAGCUGAGUGGACUGGAACAAUGUGAAAUGAAUACAAUGCACUACCUUGUCCUGGAAUCGAAACCAUGGUCCUGUAAUUGUAAGUAGAAUACCCUAAGCACUAGGCCAUGUGCUUUCAUUCCAAAAUGUUGCUGGAAUCUUAACCAUACUUUAUUACUCGUAUGUCCAGAAAAUGUUCUAUUGUGCAAUUUUUCUGUCAUGUGGCUCAAAGCAGAUCAUUUAUGGCAUUUUUGUUUGUGAUUGCUAUAUAACCAAGUACAGUUGGAAUAAUUUCUCAUUCAGUUAUAUAAGUGUAGGCUUGCAUGCUAUUUUAAUGUAUUAUAAACCUGUCUUCAGUGCUCUGUCAAAAGUAAUGAUUAUAAUAAUAACAAUAAUAAUGGUGGUUUCUUUUAUUUUUUACAAUAAUGGUUUCUGUUGUGAUAAUACUGUUCAUAGGGCAACCGUUUUAUAGAAUUUUAUACUGUAGCUUUUAAAUGGAUUUGAUCUUUUUGUUACACAUAUAUUUAAACAGUUUACUCAUCAUUUCAUGUGGAAGUCUCCUAAAAGAUUCUAUGAUUUUAGUAAAAUCAGUUGUUUUAGGUAAUAUACUUUAUGACAAGGGGAAAAAAUUGGUAACAGAACUCAUGCCCUCUCAAUUUAUUAUCUUUUCUGUCACAUUUUGGACUCUAAGGUUCUCUGACAUGACAGUUUAAUCAUGCUUUAGUAACGUUUUGGUGUUUAGGGUAUAGUAUGUUGAAGAGGUUUGAUUCCAUGAGUAAGUGGUUAACAUUGGAAUGUUGAUCAUCCACCUGAAGACAUGAGACUGUUUAUGGAAGGAAUGAUCUUCACUCGGGGAACAUUUUAGUUGGUCAAAAGUUCACGACAUCAGAUGAACAUUUUAAUGGUGAACGUGUUUACCAGGCAACUGUGCCAUCGUUCAUGAGACUGUAAAGGAAAUAAGUUUUAUACAUGCUGCAUUAUUUAUUAUCAUUGAUAGAUGGUAUAGUGAGGCAAUAACCCCUUGUUAAUUGACAUGUUUGUGAGUCUGUGACCAAGUUAGAAACCACUUCACUUAUAUCCUUGGGAAAGGCAUAAACAUCACAACUUCCAAUUCCCCAUCCAUAUAAAUUUGAGGCUUGUUACCUAUGUAAAAAAAAAAAAAACCCUCAAUAUUUUGUAAGCAUCAGUUACCAUUGUUGGUAGAGAAUUGUUUUCUUGCUUCGGCCAUGGCAACUGGGAAACACUGAAGCAGCCAAAUCUGUGUAUAUAUUUUCCUCUUCUUACUUUUAGAGUAAACAAGACUUUUUUUUUUUGUGGGUGGGAUUAGGAAAUGGAUUCUAUCUCUAGCUACCUGCUCCACAUUAUUUUCUCUCUUCAAACAUAUUAUUGCAUAAUUGAAAGUGGGGUUAGAUAAGACUUACUGGGCAGAUGUAUGGUAAAGUACACACAUGCAUAUCCAAUAUAUCUUGUAUGUACAGUUAGAUGUGUGAGUUUAGAGGUCCUUGUAGAGUUUCAUCAUCCAGUCUUCUUCCAGUAUAGUGGUGUGGUUACUACUGUACUGCUAGUAGUAUUUCUGGUUAUGAUAAACAGAGCAAUCAUAUUUUCUCAUAUAAAAUGUAUGUAUGUGUACAUGCUCUCUGUCUCUCUCUAUUCUUCUGGUUUUCAGUACAGUGUAGGAAAAUGAAUAUUUUUGCUGAAUGAAAUCUUUGUACAUUCCAAAGUGGAGAGUCAAUGCCUCAAACUGGACACUUUGCACCAUCAUAUUUUGUUGUCUCAUGAUUCUGAGUUCAACUUUCACUGUCUCAACUUAAUCCUGUCAGCUCGUGGUUGAGUAGAAAGUGGCAGGGAUCGCGUCUAGAAUCAAUUUAUUCCAACAAAAUUAUUAAAAUGUGAAAUUUUCCAUAUGCCUAGCCACAAAUGAAGCAAGGAAAACCAGGAGAGGUCACUCUUCCCUUAAAGAGUAGCCUUUAAACUGGAAACUCACUUGUUGGCUAAUUUUCAUUUUAAAUUGAGAUAGACAGGCAUAGGGAGACAUUUAUAUAAAGAUGUACUCAAUUCUAGUUACUUACAGAAAUUGAGACAACUGGUGUAAAGUCGCCAGACCAUUUGGCUAUUGACUGGUAAUAAUAUUCAGGUACAUCCGCUGAAAUGUUAGUUGUCUGCUUUCUUAAUACACUUGGUUUGGCUCUUGGCAGAAGAGUUUAGAUGUAGCAGAUUUUUAUACAAAGUGACUCCUCCAUAGGAUAAUACAUCCAAGAGAGAGGAGAAGAGACUGGCUGCUUCAGUGGCCCUUUGCUUUGUUGUUGCUAAUGCCGCCGUCCAAUGUUUUGAGACUGUUUGUUGAGUGGUCAAGUAUCAGAUCAAUCUGAAUGAAGUUAUGUACAAUAAUAAUAAUAAUAAUAAUAAUGUAAAUACAGAUGGAAACAACAGAUUGAACAGAAUAAUAAACAUACAUCCACUUUCA